AUGUUACAAAACAUUUUUAUUAUUUUGUUCCUAUCCUACAUUGAUGGGAUUAGGACUUUCGAUGAAAGUGAGUUUGAAGAUCUUUCUUCAGGUUUGGAUUAUCGUGAUUUCAAGGAAAAUUAUGUAUCAUCAAUAAAACGCUCCAAUACUUUAAUGUCUACACUAAUCAAGGAUUUAGGAUAUAAAGAAAAAGUACGCAUAGACUUAUAUUAUGAAGCCUUAUGUCCAGCUUCCAUUGAGUAUGAUCACAAACGCUUUGGUCCCCUGGUACAGAGUUUAGGCGACUACCUUGAUGUACAUACCUAUCCUUAUGGCUUUGCGCAGACAAAAGAGGAAAAAGGAAACAUUUCCUUCGUAUGUCAACACGGGCCCCGUGAGUGUUAUGGUAACAAACUCCACGCCUGUGCACUCGAUAAGUUGGAGCACUCUAAAGCAAUUCUUUUUAAUAUUUGUCUGAUGAACAGGACUAAGGGUAGAGGUUCAGAUGAUAAAACAGCUGAUGAGUGCGGGAAAAACAUGAACGUUGAUUCGAAACCAAUAAAACUUUGUGCUAAAGGUAGUAGGGGUUCUGAACUUUUGAAAUAUUAUGGAGAAGAAACCACGAAAGCGAAAAUUGAUUAUGUGCCUUAUACUUUUAUAAAUGGCAAGGAGUUCAACUUAGAUAACGAUUUGAAGAAAUCAGUUUGUAGUGCCUUCAAAAAGCCUCCGCCGCCUUGUCAAGAUGACGAUUUAGGAAAUAUGGAAAAAGUACGCAUAGAUCUGUAUUAUGAAGUCUUUUGUCCCCAUUGCAUAAACUUCGACAGAAACCACUUUGGUCCCCUGGUAGAGAGUAUGGGUGACUACCUUGAUGUACAUACAUAUCCUUAUGGUAACGCCAAGACAAUAGAGGAAAAAGGUAACAUUUCCUUCGUAUGUCAACAUGGGCCUCCUGAGUGCUAUGGUAACAAACUCCACGCCUGUGCACUCGAAUUUUUGGAUCACUCCAAGGCACUUCUUUUUAAUAUUUGUCUGAUGAACAGAACUGAUGUUGGAGGUUCAGAUGACAAAACAGCUGAUGAGUGCGGAAAAAAUAUGAACGUUAAUUCAAAAGUAAUAAAAAAUUGUGCUAAAAAUGAUUUGGGUUCAGCACUUUUGAAGCAUUAUGGAGAAGAAAGUAAGAAAGCGAAUUUUCAUCAUGUGCCAUAUGUUCUCAUAAACGGCAAGAAGUUUAAUACUAGCGCCAAUUUUAAGAAAACCGUAUGUGAAGCCUUCAAAAAGACACCGCCGCCUUGUCAAGGUAUCGAGACCAACGAUUUAAAUGAAAGAGAAUUCGCUACGGGAUUAGUGAGCAAUGACUACUAUCUAACACAAUUCAAGUUUAUUCCAAACUACGCAGAGAAGGUAGAUAUAAAAAUAUAUUACGAAUGUCUCUGCCCUGAUUGUAUAAAAUUUGACGUAGAACAAUUCAGCCCUGUCCUGGAAACUUUAAAUCAGUAUUUAGAGAUACACACUUACCCUUAUGGAAACGCCAAGACUAUUAAAAAAAAAGGUCAAAUCGAAUUUAUAUGUCAACACGGGCCGGCUGAGUGCUACGGUAACAAACUGCACGCGUGUGCUAUCGACAAUUUGCAACACAUUACCGCAUUACGGUUUAACCUUUGUUUGAUGAACAGCACAGAGGGUCGUGGUUCAGACGAUAAAAUGGCUGACAAGUGUGGACAACUAAUGGGUUGUGAUUCAGAAGCAAUAAAAGCGUGUGCUAGAAGCAAUAGAGGUACAGAACUAUUGCGAUAUUACGGGGAGCAGAGUAAGAUAGCGAAUUUCAAUUAUGUUCCAUACGUACUAAUAAACGGUAAAGUGUAUAAUACUGACGGAAGUGAGGACUUCAAAGAAGCUGUUUGUGCUGCAUUUGUUAAUCCACCACCACCUUGUACUAAUAAUCAUUUGAGCAAAUCUAUACAAACCCGAAUCUCCGGGUAUAAUGUGUUCUGGAAAUUUGGGGCGGAGACUACUUUGAGCCUGAAGUACGUGUCCUACGUGAUUUUACACAGCUCAACUGAUUUGGAAUAUUGCUGGAGUUUGAUACCCCGAGGGACAACAUCGUUGGAGUGCGAGGGUUGUAUCUAUGCGGGGGACGCGAACGUUACUUUCCCGAUCAGUCGCAUCGUCGCCACUCAACCACAGGAACAUAAACACACUCCAUCCCAUUCAUAUUACAUGUAA